AACAAAACCAACAAAAUUGACAAAACUAAAUUGUUGCAUUAGAACCUCCAUGAUAUAACAAACAAAAUAAAACAAUAUAUGAUAUUCCAAGACUAAUUUAAAAAAGAGAUGUUCCCUUCCCCUUCUUGUCACCAUCAAUCUCAAAAUGAUUGCACCUCUUGAUUGCGUGCUGAGAAACAUGCUUGCAUCCCUGACAUUGCAGCCUCAAGACAAUCUUCUUUGUGGUCUUGGCCUUUUUGUGGAAGACUGGUUUGGUCUAUCCACCAUAACCCGAUUGUUUACGAUCAUAAUGACGCUUCCCCUGAGCUGCAAGACUAUCCUUUCCUUUUUUGUACUGUGUGACCUUAUGCAAUGUGUGCUUCUUGCAUUCUUUGGACUUGCAGAAUGUCUUUUUGGUCUUUGGAACGUUCACCAUGGCGGCAGGAGAUCGAGCAGAGAGCUUGGAAUUGGUC